GAGGCCGUUCAUGCACUGGACAUCCGCGUGGGCCGCAUCAUGAGCUGUGAGAGGCAUCCGGAUGCGGAGAGUCUGUAUGUCGAAAAAAUCGAUGUGGGUGAGGCCGAGCCGCGGACCGUUGUGUCGGGGCUGGUCAAGUACGUGCCGCUGGAGGCGAUGCGGGACCGGAUGGUGGUUGUGAUCUGCAAUCUCAAGCCGCGCAACAUGAGAGGCAUCAAGUCCUUCGGGAUGUUGUUGGCCGCGUCGGACGAGCCGCAUCUGGUGGUGGAGCCGCUGGUGCCCCCGCAGGGAGCCCGGCCCGGGGAACGGGUUUGGUUCGGCGAGGACCCGCAACAGCCCGCCGCUGCUGACGCCAAGGUGCUGGACAAGAAGAAGUUCUGGGAGGCGGUGCAGCCGCUGCUACGAACCAACACGGACUGUGUGGCGACGCUGGCGGUGGGACCCCAGGGGAUUGCCGCAGCCAUGACCACGAGCGCGGGGCCCAUUCGGUCGACUAGCCUGGCUGGGGCGAGGAUUGCCUGA